CACACACCCUGUUCCCUUUCUUUCAGGGUCUCUGGAAUAAAGUGGACGAGUGCCGAAGUCGCGCAACAAAGACAAGACGGGAUGAGAGAGAGGGUGCUCUGCAGAGGAGGGAAAUAGAAACGAAAGGAGGGGAAAGAAGAAGAAACUAGGCAGAGCGAGAGAGAGGAGCGCCACGGAAGAGAUUCUCUGGAAUAAAUAAAUAAAAAGACUUGUUUGGAGAAAAGACAAGCUAGAUGAAAAGAUGAAGCCGAUUAAAAAGCAGGGCCGUCGCUCGCCUCCCUCUACCCGGGCCAAAGGGGGGAAGCGUCGCGGAGUGGGGGAUGCCCUAGAAGGAGGAGAGAAGAGAGACUCAGAUGAGAACAGAGACAGAAGCAGAUCCCCACAAAACCAAACUCCUUCCUCUUGUUUUUCGUCUAAUUUGCACUCAGAGUCCUCUCAGGCCGACCCAAUGACAGAGCGGGACACUGCGGGGGGGGAGGGGCUUCACAGAGAGGGACGGUCAGAGACGACGGCAUCGCUCGUGAUGGAUUCUGAGAAAAUGCUGACACACUCUGAUGAUAGAUCGGUGCGGUCAGCUGUGAGUGGCAGUAGCCAAAGUGACAGUGGUGGUAGCAGUUGUAGUAACAGUAGUACACCAAGCGCCAACAACAGCCCAAACCCCGCCUCCAGCCGAAAAACAGCCACCUUCAAGGCCCGUGUUCCCAAGAAGAAGUACACCUCUGAACACUGUUUGUCUACGACUGCUAGUAACCAUAGCAACCCUGCCUCCAGCACGCCUCCUCCUCUUCCUCUGAGCGGUGGCGUCCUUAACCACGGGUCAACAAGUUCAGGAAGUGACAUCGCGCACCACGAUGGCAGCGUUCAUAGCAGGAGCCUGCUGGACGACUUCCACAGCAGGACGACUGGAAGGGAGGGCCCUCAGGACAGCUCCCCAGGACCCCCCACUCUGUCGCUGGGAGUGGAGAGGACUGCAGGAGGUGAAGGGGUGAGAGAUGCAGAGCGAGUGUCGCCCCCCCUGCCACGCUGCUCCUCAACAGACACCGCCAGUGAGCACUCAGCUGACCUGGAGGUGGCUGGUGACACACACGCCCUUACACAGAUGUCUGCACACGCACCACCAAGUCUCCCUGACGCUCUGUCAGAUGCUCUGGCCAAAGGGCUGAAGAAUCAACGUGUCCUUGCUCGCCAGCUCAGGAGAAGAAGUGAUGAGGAGGGAGGAGACGAAAGGAGGGAUGAAGGGGGGAGUUCAGAGUUGGUAUUCCGGGCUGGGGUGGUCCGUAAGGUCAGUGGUGAAUUUGGAAGCCUGGAGGUGCAACUGAAUGGGGAGAAGAUGAUGUGUCGUUAUCCGUAUCGGCAUGACAGCCCCCCAGGGGUGGUGGACAUUAUCCUAGAUGCCCCCCCACCUGGUGUCCAUCCAAUACCUAUUGGCACCCGUGUGUGUGUACCGUUUGGCAAUGAGGAGGGCAGUGUUGGUCACUGGCAACUGUACCGAGAAGGUGUGGUGACUCAGAUAGACACGCACCCUGCAGUGGCCAACCGCUAUCGUGUCCUGCUGUCUGAGGGAAAACCUCACUCUGUGGAGGAGGAAGAAGAUGGCAGAGUGGCAGCCGCCGCUACCCAGGCAGUGUGGGUUUCCCGACAAACACUCCGUCUUCUUGUACCGCCUUGGGACCUGGAUUUGCCAUCUGGAGGAGGACGAGAGGAAGAAGACAGGGUCAGAGAAACGGAAAGGGAGCGGGAGGACAGGGAGGAGGUGGAUGUGGAGCAGGAAGUUUGCCGCUUGAGCCGAGGGAUGGCCCCAGGAGUGGGGCCAGUGCUGGGGAGAGGGAUUCGCUACCCAGGCAUGGUCCCUGUUUCAUCCACAUCAGGCCACAGUAUCGCCUCCCCAGUAACUCCAGUGUCAGUCCUCAGUCUGGCUCCUGGUCGAGACUGGGAAUGUGAGAAAGACUUCGAGAGGGACCUCCAGAGAAAACAGGAAAGAGAACGAGAAAGGGAGAAUGUAAAACAGCAGCAGCAUCAACAGCAGCAACAUCACCCAUACAUGCCACUUACCCCUGAAGAAGACAUGGAGGUGUCCCACUUUAACAUGGUCCCAAUGGGGGCAAUCAUAUCUGGGGCCAAACCAAUGGCAAUUCCCCAACACCGCCACAUCGUUUCUAAGCCCCCACCUGGCUACCUCAAUUCCCACCUGUCUGUGGUGCGGGGCAUCGGGAUCUCCUCCGCCCACCUAGCUUUGAACCCCCACCCUACUCCAUCACCUGUCCUGUUAGGCCUUGAUCCAGCAGCAGCAGGUUCUGUCAUUACCACUCCCCAGCUCCCUCCUCUUCCUCCCCUCUCAUCUUCCACUGCAUCCUCCUCCAGAAUAGAGAAAGCCUCAGGAGGAGGCUCUAACAGUGGAACAGCAGGUGGUGGAUCUGGAUCAGGAUCAACGUCCUCCUCCUCUUCACGUUCCCGCACCCCACUGACAGCUGCCCAGCAAAAGUACAAGAAGGGAGAUGUGGUGUGCACACCUACAGGCAUCCGUAAGAAGUUCAAUGGAAAGCAGUGGAGGAGACUGUGCUCACGGGAGGGCUGCUCUAAAGAGUCUCAGCGCCGAGGAUACUGCUCCAGACACCUCUCAAUGAGGACCAAGGAGAUGGAGGCCAGUGGAGGUGGCCGGGAGAGGGGUGGAGCCAGCAGCACUGGGACUCUGACGCCAUCUGACCUCCGUCUAGGUGGUGGGAGAGCCAGCUCCGAGUUUGACUGGGACGAGACAUCACGGGAAAGCAGUGAGGCCAGCAGCCGUGGAGGAGACUCACGUCCCCGCCUGGUGCUUCCAUCUUUGCUUCCUCAGGACCUCUCUCGUUUCGACUUUGAUGAAUGUGAGGCAGCGAGUAUGUUGGUCUCCCUGGGGAGCUCCCGCUCAGGCACACCCUCAUUCUCUCCCAUCUCCAACCAGUCGCCCUUCUCCCCUACCCCAUCGCCCUCACCCUCUCCGCUCUUUGGCUUUCGUCCUGCCAAUUUCAGCCCUAUUACUGCCCCUGCCUCACUGACUCCACGGCGCCAUCGCCAGCUUAGUGGCACUAAGAUGGGUACACCAGGUGCUGAGCGAGAGCGGCACCUGUCGGGGAUAGUGCCCACAUUUCAGACCAACCUCACUUUUACAGUCCCCAUGAGCCCUAGCAAAAGAAAGCUGGACACUCACCCGCCACCUCCACUGCCUACAGUCCAAGACUACCAGACCAAACCUGAGCACCAUCAGCUAGUGGGGAUAGCGGGAGGGGUGGUGGGAGAGCCACCCCUCGGCCACAGCCCUGCAGCCUUCAGAGUCCUCUCCCCACUGAGUCAGCCGACAACUCCCUCCUCACUCCCCUUCCCCCGGUCCCGUAGCGCCACCAGCAGACCACCAUCCUCCGCUGCCUCCACACCUCCGCCCAUGCUGGUCUCUCCCACUCCUCCCUCCCCACUGCCCCAGGAACCCUCACCACGCCGCAUUGUUCCUCUUCGUGAUUCCCCAGUAAUUGUCCGCAACCCUGAUGUCCCCUUGGCCAAGUUCUCUGAUGGCCCAUUAGGAAGGAGAGAGAGAAGCAGGUCAAGGGAGCACAGCCAGCCCCAACACACAGCUCCCCCGGGCCUGCAGGCGCCUGUUCCCAUCAACGGGGCCACCACCAACGGUGCAGUUCUCCUGCGCAGCCCCACAUCCACACUUGUCCUGGUCACCUCCAGCUCGUCCCUGACUCCAGCCACGGUUGGCCACACGUCCCUCUCCAGCCCCUCCACCCCUGGUUCAAUGGCCACUUCAUUGGGCUCAGUUCUGUCAUCCUCCGGUUCUGGAGGCAGGGAGAGGGAGAGGAAACCCGAGGGACACCAGGACCCCUCUGGAGGGGCACUGCCACAGCCGGUAGCCUGUCACCCCACUCCCACCGCCCUGCUGCCACUCAUACUGCCAGCUGAGUCGCCGCACCCUGCUCCACGCAAGCAAAUCAUCAUGGGACGCCCAGGGACUGUUUGGACCAACGUGGAGCCUCGGUCGGUGCCAGUGUUCCCUUGGCAUUCGCUCGUCCCUUUCCUGGAGCCCAGCCAAUCAGGAGCGGCUGCCCAGCCUGCCGAUGGCCAACAGCCUGUCAGUCAGAGCAAAGAGCCUCGUUGUGGCGUGGCCCUAGUGAGUGACGGACGUACCGGCCCUCCAGACCUGGAGAGGGGAUCUCCGUUGUGCCCUCCGCCGACCAAUGACAAUCCUCCCGCAGACAGAGGCGGGGCUGACAGCGAGACAGAGAGCGACACUGAUGACCCGUUCUCCCCGGGUGUGGCCAACGAUGCAGCGCCCUCCUCUGGCCCCAUCAAGAGACGCACACAGUCCCUCAGCGCCCUGCCCAAGGACGCAGACAGGAAGAGGGAGAAGGACCACAUCCGCCGCCCCAUGAACGCCUUCAUGAUCUUCAGUAAACGCCACCGGGCCCUGGUGCACCAGCGACAUCCCAACCAGGACAACCGGACGGUCAGCAAGAUCCUGGGGGAGUGGUGGUACGCGCUGGGGCCCAAUGAGAAGCAGCAGUACCACGAUCUGGCCUUCCAGGUGAAGGAGGCUCACUUCAGAGCUCAUCCAGACUGGAAGUGGUGCAACAAGGACCGCAGGAAGUCACUGUCCGAGGGCCGUGGGACCCCAAAGGAGCCGCGGGAGAGGAGCAUGUCUGAGAGCAUAGAUCCGCUCUCUGAGUCCCAGACGGUGGAGGGGAAGGGAGGAGGCUCAGGCUGGCCGGGGGGAUCGGAGCAUCGAGGGGCGCUGUUUACGGGGCAACCACCCCGUCCCAGAGCCUUUUCCCAGAGUGCCGUGCACACCCUCGAGCAGAGCGAAGGAGACCUGGAGAAGGAGGACGGGGCGAGUUUGUUUCACAGCCGGCGCCCACCUCCGUCCCUGUACCAGAGCAGAGUCAGCGAGGACAUGACCAGCGAUGAAGAGCGCAUGGUCAUCUGCGAGGAAGAGGGGGACGAUGAUGUCAUGGAGGAUUCGUGUCCCGAAGGCUCCAUCGACCUCAAGUGUAAAGAGCGAGUAACAGACAGCGAUGAGGAUGAACCAGACGGACAGCAUGGCUUCCAGCCAGUGUCCCGCUCCUCUCUCCCCUCCUCCUCCCCCUCCAUCCCUCCCUCCGACUCCACCUCAUCCAGAGGGAACGGAGCAGGAGGCGCUGAAGAUGGGUCUGAAAGGAAGCGAAAGAGAGGCACGGACGGAGGAGAGGAGGGGAGUGAGGGAGGAACCAAGAGAGAAGAAACGGUAGCCGGGGGAGGAGAGGGAGGUGGGCAGGGCGCCUCCUCUCUGUCCAUCACGAGCUCAACACCCAGCACCCAGCCUCCCGUCACCGUGGCCCAGCAGGGUGUGACCCAGGUCCUCGGAACCGUCCGCACGGCUCCCACCGUGGUGACCAACGUGGUGCGACCCAUAGCCAGCACACACAUCCCCAUCGCCAGCAAGCCAGCGGAAGGAGCCGCCACCCUCAGCGCCCUCCCCCAUGAAAAGAAAGCCACUAUACUUAUUGGAGGAGGCGGACCUCAGCAGCUGCCAAUCACCGCAGGGGGUGGGUACCUGUCCUCAUCCUCCUCUCCUGGUCCCGUCAGUGUAACGCCUGUAGGGGGCACCAGCCUGGUCACUAGCCUAGUUCUGGGAGGGUCCUUUCCUGCUGCCCACCCAGUGCAGGUCCUCACCCCACAUCCCCAGCAGCCGCCCACACAGACCCCCCUCCCUGUCCUCCAGCCCCAGCUCCACCCCACCGCUGCAUUCUCCUCCAUCACACCUCCCCUCGGCUCCAAGCCGCUAACGCAGGUCCAGUACAUCCUGCCCACCGAGAACCCUUCCUCCCCUCAACUCACCCAGCAUCAAAUCCUCUCCCUGCCCACCAAUUCCGCCCUGGCUAAUGGCGUGCACUCAGGGGUGGGAAUCAGAGUCAGCCCCGGGAUCAGAGUCCAAACUCAGUCACCGGUCUUGCAGAGCAAGAUGUUGGUUCCCAUGGAAACAGUGAGAAAAGGGUCUACUCCUCCUCAUCCUUCCACAAUCUCCCUGGCGGCUCCGCCUCUUCCUGUGCAGAACGGCUCCGCAACAGGAAACAAGAUCAUCCAGAUUGCUCCCAUGCCUGUGGUCCAGACCAACGUUCACCCCAGUGGUGCAGCAGCAGUGCAUCCUGGGAACCCCUUUCCUGUAUCCAUGGCAUCGGUGGUGGCUCCUGGUGCGGCUUCCCCACAGACCGUCCUCCUGACCUCCCCCCCCACCAGGAUCACCUAUGUCCAGUCUGGCCCAGGAGUUACCACAGCGACACACCAACAGGCCACGCCCGCUCCAGGCCCUGCGUAUCUGCCAUCACCUUUAACGACUCUGGGCUUCACCGCCAUCGCCCCCAGCGGGCAGACCCUGGUUCAGCCAAUCGUUGGUCAGUCGCCUCUGCUGGCUCCAGCUCCAGCCCCAACCCUCAACUGUCAGUCACAGAUUCCCACAGGCCCGACCACGGCAGCCGCUGGUCGUCAGGUACUAACUGCCAUCUACCCUGCACCGACUGUCGCUCUGGCUACCGGCGUGGUCUCUGUGGCCACUGUGCUGUCCACAGUGGGAGCUUCAGCAGCCCAGGAUGUCACAAACCCCUCCUCUCCAUCGGCAACAGGGGCGCAGGGUUCGGCGACGGCUACCCCUCAGCCUAGCGCGGGGGUGGAGGUGGAACUGAAGGUGGAGGUGAAGAGGGAGAGUCCCGUGGAUGCUCAGAUUGAGGAUGGAGGGCAGGGGAUAUCAGUGGCCUCCUGUAUGAGCCAUGUCACAGUAAAAAAAGAGGAGGACAUCGAGGGUCUCUACAUCAAAGAGGAAAUAUUGAGAGAUGAGAGUGAUGCGGAGUACGAGAGAGGGAUGAGGGAGAGCAGUGAAAAGAAGAGAGGCCAUGAGACAGACAGAGAGGACCACAGCAUGGGCAACAGCAGCAAAGAGGUUGGACCUCGUUCUCCUCCUCCACUAUCCUCAGGUUUGGACCCCCCUCCCCCUCCAGCUGCAGAAAGAGAGCCCCCCUCCUCCUCUAAGAAGACCAAGUUUCGCCCCCCGCCGCUCAAAAAGACACCCGACUCUCUCGACAAGGUCUUGUCGGAGACAUAUUUCGAGGAGCGAUUUGCUGAACUUCCAGAGUUUAAUCCAGAGGAGGUCCUUCCCUCGCCCACCCUGCAGAGUCUCGCCACGUCACCGAGAGCCAUCCUGGGAAGCUACCGCAGAAAGAGACGCAACUCCACCGAUCUGGAGCCGGCAGCAGAGGACCCCAGCUCCCCGCGAAGGAAGACCCGCCGUCUGUCCAGCUGCAGCUCGGAGCCCAACACCCCGAAGAGCGCCGCCAAGUGUGAGGGAGAGAUCUUCACCUUUGACAGAGCAGGCACAGAGGGAGAGGAUCUUUUAGGAGACUUUGAGCGGGUCCCCUACUCGUCUCUACGCAGAACUCUGGAUCAGCGGCGGGCUCUGGUCAUGCAGCUGUUUCAGGAACAUGGCUUCUUUCCAUCAGCUCAGGCAACUGCUGCCUUCCAGGCACGCUACUCAGACACGUUCCCCACCAAAGUGUGUCUGCAGCUGAAGAUCCGUGAGGUCCGUCAGAAGAUCAUGCAGACGGCCACGCCCGGAACCUUCGAGCUCGGAGGGUCGGCUGACGUCAACCCCGCCCCGUCCCACAGCUCCUCUUUCAAUCAAUCAGCCCGGGAGGACGGAGGGACGGAGCAACAGGGAGACAGAAGCCGGAGCCCCGAGGAGCCAAAAAGCGAAGGAUCAUAAGCUGGAGAGGAUGACAAAGAGGAAAAAAAUCAAGGAGAAGAAGAGAGAAAGAGAGAAGUGUGUCAUCCCCACAGAAUGUUCUUGGACGUGUUGAACCAGUACUGAAGAUGGCUCCAGCAGGAUCUGUUCUACUGGAACUAAUCUCCACCAGACCUGGGCAGAAGGACAUUUGAAUAUGGUCUCAAAUAUUCAAACAACUCAAGGUGCGCUUGAUGUGAAUAAUCAGACAAAACAAGCCUCAAAAACGGACACGUCGUGUCAAAGUCCUGAUGAGUCAAGUUCUUCUUGUAGAGGUUUUUUUUUUUCUUCCCCUUUUUCCCGAAGUAUCCAGAAUAUUUUCAGUUAACACUUUGCCCAGGUCUGAUCUCUGCACAUUUGUACAGUAGUUUGACACACAAACUCUGUGGUACACACUCUCUAUCUCUCUGGCACACACA